CUCGAAUUCUAAUUAAUUUGUUGAUGCGUUUGUGUUUACGCAUAAACAGGAUAAAGCCGGAGACUUUCAGUCAUUGGCGGACUCUCCGGAGGAUUGCAUAAAAAAUGGAAGAGGAUCACACCCGGAAGUAUUUUUUUAACAGUGUGAGGGACUAUUUCCGGGAGUAUUGCGAAUGCACGAGCAUUCACGGGUUUAAAUACUUUGGCGAAAAGCGGACGAUUUUUGAACGGAUUUGGUGGUUCGUCAUUUUCCUAAUGUGCCUCACCGCUUGCUCAAUCUCGAUUUACGCCGUUUACAAAAAAUGGGAUUUAAGUCCAGUUAUUGUAACUUUCGCUACAAGGGAAACCCCCAUUUACAGUAUCCCGUUUCCGGCGGUCACCGUAUGCCCGGAGUCCAAAUCCAUUCAAAACAUCUUCAAUUACACGAAGAUACUCCAAAUGAAAGAAGACAAAAUCUCUCUAACCAGCCUCGAAAACAAACAGUUUGAAUACAUGUCUCUCAUUUGUAAUUACCGCAAAUUAAAUUACACAAAUAAUUACACCUUUCCGGAACAAUUCUUCGAUGUUGUUGAUCAAGUGAGGCCCGAGUUUAAAAUCCAGGAUUGUCACUAUAUGGGGAAGCCGCUUUCGUGCAAAAAUCUCUUCACUCCGAUUGUCACAGACGAGGGGAUUUGUUACACCUUUAAUAUGCUCGAUAAGAGUGAAAUUUUUCGGAAAAACGUGGUCCAUUACCGCGACUACCACCACGUGGGCCGCAGUUCGCAGGACUGGACCAUGGAAUAUGGGUACACGGAGGACGCUGGGAGGGACGCAUACCCCCGGAGGGCCCUUCUCUCCGGCGCCACCAACGGUCUAGUGUUCAAUAUUUUGACUUCAAAGGAAGACCUGGACUACGCUUGUAAAAACUCCCUUCAAGGAUACCGCGUCCUUUUGCACACUCCCAUGCGAAUCCCGCGCCCAAGCCAGGACUACUUCCGGGUCCCCCUGGACCAAAGUGUCAUGGCGGCCAUCCAGCCGGAAAUGAUCACAACGUCCGAAGCCGUGAAAAUCUACAGCCCGGAGCGACGCGAGUGUUAUUUUCCGGCUGAGAGGAAUUUGAAAUAUUUCCGGAUUUACACCUCUCUGAAUUGCCUCCUGGAGUGUUUGACGAAUUACACGCUCAGCGUCUGCGGCUGUGUCAAUUUUUUCAUGCCCAGGGAAAAUUCGACGAGGAUUUGCGGGGCCCGCAAAAUCAGCUGCAUGCGUUACGCUGAAUCGGCACUUCAGAUGAAACAUUUGAGUAAACUGCUCGACAAGCCCGAGCAAGUGCGCAAAAAAAUCGAAAAACACAAAGUCGAUUGCAAUUGUUUGCCGAUUUGUGCCGAUUUGACUUACGAAGUUGAGACGUCGCAAACUAACUGGGAGUGGGUCAAGCAGAAAACGGCAGAUAGGCGCAAAUUAAAAAAUUGUAGUGCUGAGAGUUCUCACAUGUCGUCACUGACUGUUUUUUUCAAGUCGAGUAGCUUUUUGAGAUGUCAGAGGAAUGAGUUGUACGGACCUACGGACUUUUUGGCCAAUUUUGGCGGCCUUUUGGGGCUUUUUAUGGGCUUUUCCAUCUUGUCCCUCAUGGAAGUCAUCUAUUUUCUGACGGUUAGGAUCAUAUGCAACCACCGGUUGUACGGCAAGUGGGCUGGACCGGAGACUUAACGGAAAAAUUGGGCUUUUCUGGUCAAUGGUUUCAUUUUUAUUGUUUGAUUUGUCCAACUUUUUGUUAUUUUUUUGUUUAAUUUAAAUAAAU